GGCACAGUAGGUCGAAUACUGCUUAUAGUAGGCAAGCACACAAGAAAAGAAUAUGCGAAUUACCCAAGUUGGCCAAACUAUGUGUGUAUAGAUGGCUCUGGUGCAUGAGGACAAAAAUAGGACGCCCUCUUGAUAACAGCGUUACUCUUCAAAUCUGAAACCUGAAUCCUAAUUUCCUAUUACCGCUCCACUCAAGACCAUCGUGUCACUUUUGUAUCACAUCCUGCCCUGUUCCUCGCCAGGCGUUGUAUUUAGUUCAAAUACCUCGUCCAAGGAUUUAAACCUCGGAACAUCUCCCUUAAAAGCAUUUCGGAUAAUCGGACGUUGGAUAUAAAGUCAUUCUUUGGUUCGUGUUGUUCUGUUUAUUGCAGGUUAACAUGCACCCCGUCAUUGUGGAUGGAGGAAGUUUCAGUAUACUUUCAUUGAGACUAAAAGCGUCCAUUAAUCGAUGCUUGCUUUGGAUUUAAUUCAACGUUGGAGGAAUGUCGCAUGGUAUUCAUUAGAACGACCGGUGCCUGGGAGACAAGAGAGCCUGCGUGAAGCAACCUGCCAAGAAUCACCAAGAUACCAACAGAUGCAGGACGCGGAAAUGUCUGGAGAUCCAAAGAAUACAUUCAUCAAGUAUUAGCUCACCGAAUGAAGAGAUGCAACACGUUAUACCGUAACAUUAAAGGUUUACAUGUAGAUCAUUUGACAUGUUGAUGGAAAUCUGAUGAUUUAUUACGUCGUCCGUGAGGAUAACAAUCGCCGAACUUAAAUCUCUCUUCGUGUGAAUAUAUCUGACUAGAAUUGAAUAAGAAAAAACAAACGUUUGGUCAGACAUGCUUCACUGCUAUUGCAUGGCCGUUUAUUAUAUUUCUUCCAUGACGAUGCCCUCCGCAGCGUUCUUUGCAGAGGAGUGAUUGUAUCACCGAUACGGCUCAUGCGUCUGAGAAAGAGUCUUUACAAACAAUUGGACUAUUUCGAUUCCCAAUGAUUUUAGACGGGGAUGAUAGCACCAGCGGUUUAUUGAACAGUGUUUAACGCGACUUCAUAACUUCAAAACGCGGUAUGUGAUCAUUACGUUCUACCCAUUAGAAGGUUGAAGUUUGCUUAUGGAUCGUGGGACUCAUCUUAGAAUUAGUGUUUAAGGCGCUGUUUCCUCACCUGUAUGAAACAUGUCAGGGUGUGAGUUCAUGUAGGGUCAUCAGCUCCAUUAGCACAGUCUGCUUGCGGAGGAUUACUGGAAAUUAUUGAUUUUGUGUAGUCGUCUGUUGACGAGGAAGCUGUAAGACUUCGACUUCGCAACAACCAACUGUUGGAGGCUUCACCAUCAGACGUUUUCGGAUUUAUUCUAGAUUUUUCGCGCGUGUAUAGCGGGAAGUAAUUAAUCAUUCUUGAUGUUUUAUUCUGAGCAUUAAUGGUGUGGAUGUACAAUGUCUGAAUCGUUCAAUGACUCAGAACCGGACUACAAGCCCGAGGCCCCGUACAUCAUCGCUGGUAUGGCGACAGAGAUUCCCAUAGCCAUCGCAGCGACGUUCGGUAAUGCCCUCGUCAUAUGGGCCGUCUACUACAACAAACGACUUCGCUCCGUCACCAACUACUACAUCGUAUCCCUGGCCAUCGCAGAUAUGAUGGUUGGGAUGUUUGCCAUCCCGUUCUCGCUGGCGACGAACGCAGGGCUUCCUCAUAACAACUUCUACGCGUGCUUGUUUACGAACUCUUUCGUCGUGGCUCUCACGCAGAGUUCCAUCUUUGGUCUACUCGCAGUGGCCCUGGACCGGUUCUUCGCCGUGACGCGUCCAUUCAAGUACAGACGCGUUGCGACCUCCAAGUGCGCCAUCAUGAUCCUGCUCGCGACGUGGGUCCUGGCCUUCAUCAUCGGACUAACCCCUCUAUUCGGAUGGAAUAUGGGUGAACCGGAACAUGGCUACUGCAUUUUUGUCGAACACAUAGAUCUUCGCUACAUGGUAUACUUUAACUUCUUUGGCUUUGUUUUGCCGCCAUUAGUCAUGAUGCUUUUUGUCUAUGUGAAAAUUUUCGAAGUUGUGCGUAUUCAGUACUCUGCAAUAUCUAGAACAGUCGUAGGAAGUCAGGACGACAUGUCUCGGAGACGUUCGCGGCUCGCUGUAAAAGAGGGGAACGCGGCGAAGCUUCUAGCCAUCGUCAUUUUACUAUUCGCUAUUAGCUGGCUACCACUUCACAUUACUAAUUGUAUUUCGUUGCUAUGGAAACCGGUCCCUUACCCGAUCCUUCUUACCGCCAUUAUUUUAUCGCACGCAAACUCAGCGAUGAACCCAAUCUUGUAUGCUUUCAGUAACCGUGAGUUCAGGAGGACGUUCCAUAAGCUCAUCUUCAAAGUUGUUCUAUGUGGCAUCAUCCAGGUGCAGAACUGCGAUUCCGGUGAUGACUACGCCGGUAUGACCGCUGGUCCCGAUGGCAACGAGGUCUCGCGGUUCCAGGGUAGCGGGUACCAGACUGUGAGGAACGGUGUUCGAAGCUCCCCUCCAACAACGACUCCGUCACCAACUCCGAACUCGGUCAGGAAAUCUGAGAUAUGUCUUCAUAAAAUUGAAAGAAAAAAGAACGGAAGUCCAAAGUCGAGAACUAACGGUCAGGGCAGUACUAUCGAUAGGUGAAAAAAGCUCUCUGCAAUGAAACUUGAGUGGUAUUUGAUGUCUAAAACAUCAAACCUGAACCAUUAUUCAAAUGCGUCGAUUACAACGUUUCUAUAUUGCGUUCGCCUGGUAAUUAAGCAUAAUAUGGUGAUUACUUUGUUGGUGGGAUGUACUUAAAUUGUAUAAGAGUAAUUGUAUAAUUCAAAAGAGGAGGCACGAUGGCUCAUUGGUACAACAGUGGUCUCGUAACCGGGAGGUUCCGGGUUCGAAACCAAGACGAUGCGCAAGUGCCCUUUAGUAAGGCAUUAAUCCUUAUUACUAAGUCUCUCAGAGAGGACUUAAAGCCGUUGGUCCCCUGGUUGCUGACUUACGAGCAUCCACACGCUUUCUUAGCAGUCAGGUCAAACACAUAAAGAGAAGCACAAAAUUGUUACGAAGUCCAGUUAAGUCCGUUUACAUAAUGAACCUUGAUAUAAGAGCAUCAUUCCGUUGGCCCAAGGGGAAGGUAAAACAAAAAAUUGAAUCUCUUGCCUUUUUACCAAAAGUUCAGUACAUUUGUGAUAAUACCGAAUUGGCACGAUUCAUAUAGUAAAAUUGAUUGAAUAAAUGAAACGAACGAAAAACUAGAUAUAUUGAUAAGAAGUGAGAGCAGCAGUUUUGUAAAAAAGAGAGUUGGAGAAAAUUAAAUAAUAUCAUUUCCAAUUUCCACCUUAACCUUGAUUGAUUCUGACACACACCAUUCGAGAAUGUUUCAAAUAUUAUUUGAUUGUGUCGAAACUGUUAGCAUCGAAUAUUGUAGCUGUUAUAACCAUUACUUCAAUGUCUUUUGGUAAUGCCAGAAUGCCCACAUCGAAUGUAAUUUUAAGGUAAUAAUCGUUAGACCAUAAUCCUGACCACAUAGCACCUUUUCUUUGUAUUCGUAGUGCACAGUUGGCUGGGUAGUUGGUUGGUUAGUUGGAUGGAUGGAUGGAUGGAUUGCUGGCAAUUUAACUUUCGUGUGCUAAAGCCAGAAAGGAAGUGCUAGAGCCAGAUACGAAGGAUAGUUGGGCUAACUUGAAACGUACGGGUUACUGCUUUUCUAGCUUUAAACAUUUUAUUGUAUGUUGUCUACUUAAAAGGUUCAAAGCUGCACAAUUCCUGUUUAUUACGACUUAAACCUAAACACUGUACUUGAUUUAAUUGUAUGUCUUCAUCCGUGGAAACCGGAAAAACACUUAUUACAGGUUCAUUAGGUUCUCUAGUUUAUCUUAAAGAGGCUUGAUGUUUAUUUUUGUCGUUUAAGAAUAGUUUGUCUUUUGUUCAUUAAUUUCUUCCAAACUAAAAGUUAUGGACAUGACGGCUGUGUUUGGUGCUAUUAUGUAAACUGCAAUUUUGGUUAUCAUUUCGAAGUUUAUAUUUCACGUAUUAUUUUAUUCAUCAAUGAUAUCGCACACUUCAAAUCUCAAAAAAAUUAUCUGCAAGAUUAGAAACGAAAUAGACAACUUAUCAAAAGCUAUUUACCUGAAAGCUAAUAGAUAUUACCAGAACUACAAAUAAUUGCGUAAAGGUAUUGCGCACCACGUCCCGAGUAUCUUAAUAAUUCUCACCUUGUAUUUCGUGCUGCACGGCAGGUUAAACAUUUUUUACAGAGCUUUGAAUGAAUAGUAUUUUACCAACUUUGAUUAUAAAAGGAAAUUGUCGGCAAAUGUUAAAGCCUUACCAAAAUGUGUAUACAUUGCAUUAAGGAGGCCAUAGGGUAGGAGGCCGUAGGAUAGGAGUGCUCGCUCCCCCUAUUCGUGUAAUUAACUGGUUGAUCCCUGUCGAUACACCCUCAAAACCUUCCGAAAAACUCAUUUAAAGCUUCCAUGGAUAUCAAAUCAGUCCUUCAAUCCCCUCCAAAUUGAUGGAACCAUCCACGUGUGGUAUGACGAACCAUAAAACCACGACCCUUAACUGAGACAUUUUUGGUUGAAGAUGCGACCUGAAAUCAUUGUGUUCUCCCUGACAAGUCACGGAAAUUAGAUUUCAUCAGGGAGAUUAGUUUCGCGCCGUCCCGUUCGCUAAUAAAAUACAAAUUGAAUUGGCGACAGCGGACGAAUAAAGAAAGAAGAGAAGAGGUGAAACUUUGAAGAGUAGAUUUUUUUUCUCUGUUUCUGGGAUCCUCCAGAUGAGGUUCUAACAUCGGUUUAUUGCUUUGAGGGUAUCGGUGUAUGUUUAUGGGAUAAAAGAAAUGAGAAGAUUACUUUAAUGAGGCAUCUUAACUAUAAUUAUAUCAAUGGUGAUCUUUUUGUUGCCGAAAAUUGAUUUAGUUUCUAACAAAUGGGUCGCUUUCAAACCUUGAUUAUGAGGUAAUAGAAUACAAGGAUUAUACGACUAUAUAAAUUGCCGAUUUAAUUAUGAGGUAUUACAACGUAUUAUGUUGUCCUGGGAAUAUCUUCUUUUGUUAAAGCAUUAAAAUGCAGUAAUUAGUUGCUACUGAAAGGGCGUCAUUUGGUACCUUCGGUAUCGAAACCCUUGAUUUGGAACAAAGAAUACCAUGUGCAUUAAACAAAAUCGCCAAUUAACUACUUAGAUGACUUGUGAAAAAUAUGUAGUUUAAUCUGAUUUCACGAUUUGAAUACCAAACUACACUGUUUGUUCGAUUUGCAUUGAAAAGAAUGUUUUUUGUAAAACAAUGGACGAACUUUUGGAAAUUAAUCGAAAUGUGUACGAUUAUGGAUGAAAUUCUCAAAUAUUCCGUUUCAUGUAAAUUACCAUGUUCUUAUUUUACAUGAAAUAUCUUACAGAGGUGGUUCUAUUGAAAGAUUUUACAACUUAAUAUACAAAUUACGAAAUAAAUGUGAAAUGAUCUAAGAUAAAA